GUUAGGCGUCUAUCGGUGCCGUAGAACGCGCGCAAGAGUUGUCGGUUGUUUCCUCUUCGGUACCUAGUUUUUUUUUUUUUUACACCCAACACUUUUUUGUCGUUGUUGUUGUUGUUGGUGGUAGUUUUUUUUUUUUUUCGUAAAAAUUUUUCUGCUGCGAAAAUAGCUAUACAGAAGAAGCAUUGGAACGCGCAUCAUACUUUUAGCGGACGUUUUGUAAAACUGUGUGCGAAUCGCAAUCGCGCCGAGAAGAGUACCCAUACACACGCAGCAUCGCAGUCGACGCAGCGCGAGAGAGGAAGGAAGAGUAGUGCGAAAAAAUAAAGGAAAAGCACCGAAAGGCUCCACCUUUUGGCAAAUUUAAUUCCGCGACGACUUUUAUAGUUUUUCGGAUAAAAUAACACUAUUUGUUCUGGGUCGCUUUCCCCGAAUACCGUUGACAAGGUCGUUUUUUCCUAAAUUGCUGUCUUCAUUCUUCAUGAAUAGCCAUCGAUCUUGCGGCAAUCUUUUUCUUGGCAUUUAUUUGAAAACCUAUCGACCUUGUUGUCGAAACCGUUUUGUAUAUGAUUUAUAAUCGUUACGAUAAUAAUUUAACACGUUAAUACGAUGACAUUAACGUAGCCGCGCCGCUCAUAGCUUAUAAUAUCCGACCGAGUAUCUACGAUUUUUUUCAAGCUAGUUCGCGAUUUUUUUCGUCGUUUUGCGUGAUUUGCCGGCUUUUUAUUUCGCCAGUUUUUUUGAGUUCGUUUUUUUCUUUUUUUGUAAUCUUUUUUUGAGUUUUUUUGUUCGAUUUUUUCAAUAUUUAUAUAUUAAUCGACCGGUCGAGUCAUUUUGCUGGCUGAGUUCGCGGGUUUUUAAAUAAUUUUUGUCGAAAGUUGAAGUUUUUUUUUUUUUCAUUGUUUUAAUCAUUUUGUUUUUCGAGUACUUGAAUAUCGCGUUUAUAUAUGAGUUUUAUUAUUGUAAAUGUGCGGUUUUUUGAUUAAUCUGCUGUCAACUUAAACGUCCGCAAAACGUCGCCCAUCAUGUCUCAACCCAGGUACGACGAUGGCCUCCAUCCGUAUAUGGACGCUGCCGGACCUGGGGCCAUGUACGAUCCGCACGUGGGUCAUAGAUCUCUACAAGGAAUGAGUCAUCAUUCUCCACACAUGAACCACACUGCCAAUAUGUUCCAUACAGCUCCUCCACCUACUAAUCACGUCACCACGAAUCACGUGAUGACACCAGUCAACGACGUCCAUAAAAGAGACAAAGACUCUAUUUAUGGACACCCUUUGUUUCCUUUGUUAGCUUUAAUAUUUGAGAAGUGCGAAUUGGCAACGUGUACCCCGAGAGAGCCGAAUGUCGCUGGAGGCGAUGUCUGCUCUUCCGAAUCAUUUAACGAAGAUAUUGCCGUAUUUUCGAAACAGAUACGACAAGAGAAACCUUAUUAUAUAGCAGAUCCAGAAGUAGAUUCAUUAAUGGUGCAAGCAAUCCAAGUCCUACGAUUUCACCUCCUAGAAUUAGAAAAAGUGCACGAAUUAUGUGAUAAUUUCUGUCAUCGAUAUAUCAGUUGUCUAAAAGGUAAAAUGCCUAUUGAUCUUGUCAUCGACGAAAGGGAAACCACUAAACCAAUUCCAGAACUAACCGGCUCAACGAAUGGUAACGAUGGCCGAAGUAACGCCGAUUCCGCUUCUCAUACAGACGGUGCUAGCACGCCGGACGUGAGGCCGCCUUCGUCUUCGUUAUCGUACGGAGGACACGGAAAUGAUGACGUUAGAUCUCCUGGCUCGGGUGGUACGCCCGGACCUUUAUCUCAACCUCCAAGUUCCCAAGCAUUAGAUCACAGCGAUCCAGAUGCAAUAGGUAAAUGGUGUAGAGGACGUGAAUGGCCAUCGCCAGGAGAUCCUCGAGUAGUCAAUGAAGCGGCCAGAAGAGGCGUCCUAUAUUCAUCCGUAUUUUUAGGUAGUCCCGGAGAAUACAAUUCCUGUGAUGCAAGUAAUGCCAGUGUCGGCAGCGGCGACGGUACUGGCGAAGAAGACGAUGAAACUAAUGGCAAAAAGAACCAGAAGAAGAGGGGUAUUUUCCCUAAAGUAGCAACCAAUAUUUUAAGGGCGUGGCUGUUUCAGCAUUUAACGCAUCCGUACCCAUCAGAAGAUCAAAAGAAACAGUUAGCGCAAGAUACCGGACUAACGAUACUGCAAGUCAAUAAUUGGUUUAUCAAUGCUAGACGGAGAAUCGUUCAACCAAUGAUAGAUCAAUCGAAUAGAGCAGUCUUUUCUCCUCACGCAGGUCCUAGUGCUGGAGGUUUCAGUCCGGAUGGAGCUAUGGGAUACAUGAUGGAUAGCUCGGCGCAGAUGAUGGCCGCCCAUAGAGGUCCGGCCGAUCCGGCAUUUCAUAAUGAAUAUUACGCUGCUCAUGCCCAACAGUACUACGGUCAUCUGUAGUACAAUUAAUCGUACCUCCUCCGUUGUUGAGGUUGAGUAUUGUUGGUUGCGGUACCAGCACUCUCGUCCGAAAUGACCUCGCAACCAAUAUUACAUUUCCAACUGAUCUCUAAACCGUGUUUUCAGUAUACCUUGCCACUACUUAUAGCGAAUAUUGGAAUUAAUUAAAGUACGCCUGGUUACUUAAGUGUAGUCUUGUAUAUUUGGAAUUAUGUAAUGUUUGGUUGCAAUAUAUUUUUUUUUAGGUAUUUAACGAAGGAAA